GGACGCGGCGCGGGGCGGAGCGGCCCAUCCUGCCGCCGUGCCCGGGGAGGGUCCCCCCGGCCCGCAGCCGCGCCGCCGGGGGAACGCGAAGCCCCUCGCUGCCCCCCACCCCGGGACAGCGCGGGGGUGCGCGGUGCCGCGCGAGUCCCGGCCCCUCGGGGGGACGGGGCGGAGCGCCAGCGCCCCGCGGGACUCGGGCGGCGGGGCCGUCUCCCCCCUCCGCAGCGGGAGCGGAGUGCGGCGGCCCGGGGAAGGGGCGGGGAGGAUGACUUCAUGCCGCCGGAGCGCCGUGAAUUUAGGAGCAGCUGCCGCCGCCGCCGCCGCCGGGAUGUGGGGCUGAAGUGACAGCGGGAGCCGAGGGAGGGGCAGCGCCGGGCACCCCGCUCCGCUGAGCGCAGGGGCUGCGGGCCGCCACGGGCAGCCGUCUGCGGGGGGGGAGAGAGGAAGAUGCGCUGAGCCGGUCGCUGGGAAGCACGAGGUUUGGGACAAACAACAGAGCAGCAAAAUUCAAAUGCCUUUGUAUGCUAAGCGGAAGAAUUAGUGAGUUGCUCUUCCAUCAUAUCACCUGUAGAAGUGGAAAAGCAAAAGUACAUGCAGCAUUGUAACUUGGCCGUUGGCACUGUACACUGUUUGUGCCUCAUGUCAAGGAAGGAGGAGAUCUGGACUCCAGACUGUCCUCAACCUUGAGAAACCUGAACCCAUGUCCAAGCAGAGGACAGAACCACCAGUAUAAAAGUUCACCUCUGAUUUUACUGGAGUCUGUGAUGAAAACAAACACGGAAUAUUAUCUGCUAUGCAAAUAUCUACUAUUUGUUUGAAAACACUGGUGCUGUUUCUGUUGGAUCAUGAGGCUGUAGACAGACUACCCUUUUGGACGAUAUUUCCCCAUCUGAAAUCUGAUUCUUCAUGACCAUAUUGUGGUUUUGUAAUUCCAUCAUAUUCCCCCAACCAAGCACAUGCAUAGGUACUGCUAUGUGGAUAUUUGUUAGCAAUGACUGAUGUGGAAUCUACAUAUGCAGACUUUAUUGCUUCAGGAAGAACAGGUAGAAGAAAUGCGUUACAUGACAUACUUGUGUCAUCUCCUGGUGGGAAUUCUAGUGAACUAGCCUUAAAGUUAUCAGAGCUUGAUAUAAACAAAGCAGAAGGAGAAGGAGAUGCACAACGAAAUCAAAGUGAGCAAACUGGGGAGGCCCAAGGGGAGGCAGCAAAGCAAGAAAGCUGACAUCCGACUUUGACCGACUGGACCAGCUGCUGGAUGUUUUCAGACUACAAGAGCAUGCUGGAACAGAUUUGUUUCCAUGAGCAAGCCGGUGGAAAAGAAAGUGCAUGUGUCUUCACUGCUGGAACCCACUCAACACAAUGCUAAAAAUGGGGGUGCAAGCUGUGGCAGAAGACAGAAUUUUCUCUACCUCUGUCAUUAGCAAUGGUUGAACAUGUAUUGAUUUCUUGGGAUAGUGUCAUCAGAUGGAUCCCUUCAUAAUGACUACUUGAUGGGAACACUUCUAAAAAUUAGAACGUGUAAAUCUUGUAGCAAAUGGCCUUUGAAACGUCAGAGGAUCUAAUUGUGUAUCUUAAGCGAAGGUUUGUGUGAUCCUCAGAGUUUAAAAUUCUCUGGCCAGAGUGUUCACCCAUUAAAAGAACUGUAAAGAAAGCACUGUUUUUAGAACUUUGCGUCUGUUUUACAGCUCUGUUAUUUACAAUGGUUUUUGUAUUGUAUGACUUAGAUGCUCCACACUGCCCCUUCUCAACUGCUUAUGAAGAAUAUUUCUGUUACUGUGAAUUUUUCUACCACGCGUUUUGAAAGGGCUGGUUUUUUGCAUAAUGUGGUGUUGUGCACAUGAUAGAUUUAAAACGUCAACCGCUAAAUUGAUUAUGCCUAAACCUAAAUGACUCAGCAACACUCUAAUUUGUUACUAGAUGAGCCUUCAAAACGAUUUGUUAAUGUGAAUACUUCAGCGUGUUUUGUGUCCUUGGUACAGUUUUGCCACUUGCCUGUAGUUAGUUGCAUAUCAGAGACUCAAAUUGAAUCUGUUAUGUUAUUCUUCCCCAUUUUUCUAAUUUUACUCCCAAUUUCUUAAUCUUUCUCUGAGAUAUUUUUUUAAAAUGUUAGUCCAAGUAUUUUAUUGUCAUGGUAGUUUUAAGAAUACAUUUAUAACCUCGUAUGGGCUAAAAUUCAAACAAUUUCCGUGGUGCUAGAGAUUUUCCUGGUUCACGUUGUUAAAGGUAGGCCUUGUUUACACACAGGAGAAUAACUGGCAUAAGUUACUGCCAGGUACGUAUUCCGGAAUGAGUUUUAGCUUGCAGGAUAGUCCAACUAGUGGAUCAUGGGUUGGAUCCAGCCAGGGGGACUAUUUUUUCUAUUCCUUGCCUUUGCCUCAGUUGAUCAGGCUGUUGAGUUUGCAGAGCCAGUAGCCUGUUACUGAUGCACCAGGUAAAGCCAAGUGCUAGAAGCUGCUACAGCAGCCCUUUGGCUAGGAGGUGGAAAGGGUAGUGAGAGACUUGGCACCUAGCACCCAAAAGACUGGAUUUUUCCCCUUUCAUCUAUUCCAAGAUGACAGCCCAAACUGGACCUUCCUCGAAAUACCAAAAUAGCUUCUCCAUCCAGGGGAUUACUUAAAACAUCUACAAAUGAAUGACCUAUUCUGCAGUAGCUAUGUUGAUUGAUUCCCUUCCCCCCAUCCUGCCCCAGUAGACAUGAGGCCACCACACCGCUGAGUGACUAAGGUGAGUAAUGAGAGUGACUGGCUAGUAAACCAUGGCAAUCACGUAAGCACCAAUCACAAAGUUAGAAGAUUUGUUUUCUUUUAUUAACAGAAGGCGAUGACACGUUCUUUAUAUAUAGUAUAUAUAUUAUAUAUAUUUUUGUGUUGUUGUUGGUUUCAAAUGUUAUGCACUUUUUAAUGUUUGUAAACUUUUACUAAUGAAUAGUGUGAUUGCUUCCUGAAUAUAUUAGUCAUCAGUUAACAAAACAUCUUUGUGGCCACAGCUGUUUGUUUCUACCAUAUGUAUCAUAGUACUUGUCACCUGAAAUUCUUUUGUGAGAUGUGUGGAGAAAAAAAACAUUUCUGAUCAGUAUUAUGAGCUCAUUUAUUAGUGUUAAUAAAAACCAAGCCAGCAGUA